UAGCGUUUGAGGAAAGACGUUUCCGAGUACGAACAAAACUCAGACGCAGGAGAAAAGAAACCCAAGAAGCUUCGGCAUUUCUCACAGGGAGGAGGAGGAGGAGAAGAUGUCGUGGCAAUCGUACGUCGACGAUCACUUGAUGUGCGAUGUUGAAGGCAAUCGCCUCACUUCCGCCGCGAUCAUCGGCCAAGACGGCAGUGUCUGGGCUCAGAGCUCUACUUUCCCUCAGUUCAAGGCAGAAGAAAUAACUGCAAUCAUGAAAGACUUUGCGGAACCCGGAACUCUUGCUCCUACCGGCUUGUUUCUUGGUGGUACCAAAUACAUGGUUAUCCAAGGUGAACCAGAAGCUGUCAUCCGAGGAAAGAAGGGACCUGGGGGAGUCACUAUCAAGAAGACUAGCCAAGCCCUAGUCAUUGGCAUCUACGACGAACCAAUGACCCCAGGCCAAUGCAACAUGGUCGUCGAGAGGCUCGGAGACUACCUUAUCGAGUCCGGCCUUUGAAAAAAAAAACAAAGCUGCUCUUGGAUUUCAGGUUCUUUAUCUGCGAACAAACCGUUGUCUCUCUUUUUAUGAUUCGAUUGUGGUAAUGUCUGAAACAUUUAGGAAAACGGAAACAACAGAAGAAAUAAUAGUGGAAUCUGCCUUUGCUUGUUGGAUUUGUGAUGGUUUUUGAUGAUCGUUUCGUGUUGUAAUCUGAGUGAUACAUCAUUCUCUGGGGGGUUCCCCCCAUCUAUGUUACAUUACAAUAGUUUGGAUUUUCUGUAUCGCUUGCUAUUUUUCUUUUAAUGUAUGUAACUGUGGAUUCCGGUUUUCA